UUUCCAUACAAAUUGUAGGAUCACCUUGUCAAUUUCUACAAAAAGACUGCUGAUAAGCACUGACUGAAUUGACUCACUUAAGGAGUACUGCUACCUUACCCAUGAAUGGAAUUAAUGCGCAAAAUGGCGAUUAUACCAGACUGGCAUACUUUGUAUCCUCACAUACGAAAAUUCACACAUUCAAGACCCUAUUCUUCACCGUGUAGGGUAGAUUCAAGGAAUGGUUCCCAGAGUACCUUUAGAUCUUCUUCUUCUUCAACCACAGCUUUUGCAAAUCCAACACUAUCCUUCUUAGAUGUUGAACGGAUUUUAUUUCAAAAAAUUACUGAUAAAAGAGAUGAAUUGAAAAAAGUCUUCGAGCUGCUUGAUGUGGAUCAGAAUCUGACGGUGACAAAGAGUGAACUGAGAGGAGCCAUCACAACUUUCCUGUUGCCACUCACCAGAGAGCAGUUCCAAGAUGUGCUGGCUCAGAUCCCUCUUACGAGCUCUGGGAAUGUGCCCUACCUUGAAUUCCUGUCCAGGUUUGGUGGAAUUAACCUAAAUAUAAAUUGUAUGAAGAGGGGAGGUGAAAGUGAAAUGAAUUGCUGCCGGACACGAGUAGAACUUGAAGCCCAAGUUGGAGAAAAGGUUUUCAGAAAUAUGAAAACCAUCUUGAAAGCCUUUAAACUCAUUGAUGUUAACAACACUGGCCUGGUGCAGCCACCGCAGCUCAGGCGGGUCCUGGAUGCCUUCUGCCUGAAGAUGAAGGACAAGGAGUAUGAGAUGUUUGCAAAGCACUACAACAUUGAUAAAGACACUGCAGUGAAUUACAAUGAUUUUUUGAAGAACCUCGGCAUAAGUAAUGACCUGAAUCUUAGAUAUUUUAUGGGGAACCAAGAGGUCUUGAGAGAAAAUCAGUACACCAAAAGUUCCAAGAGGGAACAGCUGCGUGAUUCUUUAUCAUCUGAAGAUGUCUGGAAAAACUUCUCCUUAGAUGACAUCCAGAGGAUCUUUUGCCAAGAGCUUUCCAAGUCCUAUGGGAAGAUUGAGAAAGCCCUCAGUGCAGGGGACCCCUCCAAAGGUGGCUAUGUCUCUUUGAAUUACCUAAAGGUUGUCCUUGACACCUUUGUAUACCGGUUACCAAGAAGGAUUUUUAUCCAGCUAAUGAGAAGAUUUGGGCUUAAAACCACCACUAGGAUCAAUUGGAAACAGUUUUUGACAACAUUUUAUGAGUUUCAGGGGUUGGAAGUUAGUAAUGCAGUUCCGCUGAAAAAAAGAGAUAGCAUCACCUCUCGAAGCCGAUCUCACAAGGAAAACAUCAUCAAAAAGAUAUUCAGAUACUCGGAAGACCGCUUCACAGCAUUGAGGAAAGCGUUACUGAUAAUGAGCACUACACCUGCUGGACAGAUAACUUGGGAAGAAUUACGACAUAUUCUAAAUUGCAUGGUUGUAAAUUUAAGUGACUCAGAAUUCAAAGAACUAAUAGAGGCAUUUGACCCCGAGGGCCGUGGAGUGGUCAGAGUUAGUUCCUUCAUGGAUCUUCUUGAAGACAGCCCAAAGAUGAGCAAAAGUUCCCCAAGUACAGACACCAAGGCACCUGUCUACAUGGCUUGGGAUUCAGUGGAAGAAAAGGUAUAUGAUACAAUUACUAGGAAUUUCCGAGCUUUUUACAACAUGCUGCAUUCAUACGACCUUGGAGACACAGGGCUCAUUGGUCAAAAUAAUUUCAAGAAAAUUGUGCACAUAUUCUGCCCAUUUUUAACAGAUGAACAUUUAAUGAAGUUCUGUGAUAAGUUUUACAGUAUGGCUUCAGGAGGAAUCCUUUACAAGAGCCUGUUGGCAUGCGUAGGAACUGACGGCCCGCCUGCCGUCUCUCCAGUUCUUGUUCCAAGGGAUCAGCCAAGUGAAGGGAUUCAAAAGGAGGAACGGCAGCAUGGGGAGCUCCCUGAGAGAGCCCAGUCCGUGGAGGAUAAUACUGCCAGGACCAAGAACAUGACCAAAGAAGAGGUCAUUGAAAAACUCAAAACCUGUAUCCAGCUGCAGGACCCAACCUUCAGAGAGCGAUUUCUUAACAUCAGCAAGGAGCUCGAUGGGAAGAUUGACAUGCGGGACUUUCGGAAGGUCCUGGAAGACAGUGGGAUGCCCAUGGACGACACACAGUACUCUCUGCUGACCACCAAAAUAGGCUACAAAAAGGAAGGGAUGAGUUACCUGGACUUUGCAGCAGGAUUUGAAGAUGCUAAACUGGGUGGGUCAGGUGUGCCUCUAGUGCAGUCUCCGGUUUCUUCAAAGACUCACUUGAACAGCCACUUUAUAUCUGCUGAAGAAUGCCUAAGACUUUUCCCCAAGAGGCUGAAGGAAUCAUUCCGGGACCCCUACUCCGCCUUCUUUAAAGUAGACACUGACAUGGAUGGCAUAAUCAACAUGAACGAUCUUCACAAACUGCUUCCACAGCUGCUGCUCAACAUAAAAGAUGACGAGUUUGAACGCUUCCUUGGCCUCCUUGGCUUAAGACUUAGUGUCACAUUAAAUUUCCGGGAAUUUCAAAACCUGUGUGAGAAGAGACCCUACAGAACAGAUGACGCACCUCAAAGACUCCUUAGAAACAAACAGAAAAUUGCAGAUUCAGAGCUAGCCUGUGAACAGGCUCAUCAGUACCUUCUCACCAAAGCAAAAAACAGAUGGGCAGACUUGUCUAAGAAUUUCAUAGAGACUGAUAGCGAUGGCCACGGCAUUCUCCGGCGGAGGGACGUGAAGAACGCUCUGUACGGCUUUGACAUUCCCCUGACACCGAGGGAGUUUGAAAAGCUUUGGCAAAGCUAUGACACUCAGGGAAGAGGCUACAUUACUUACCAAGAAUUUCUACAGAAACUGGGGAUUACCUAUUCACCUGAGAUCCACCGGCCCUACACAGAGGAUUAUUUCAACUUCCUGGGUCACUUCACUAAGCCCCAGCAGAUCCAGGAAGAAAUCCAAGAGCUGCACCAGAUACCUGACAAGACCAUGCCAGCUAGGGAUAGGCUUAUAGAGCACUAUCAAGACAUCAGCAAAGCACUCAGCACACAAGACAACUCUAAAACCGGCUCCAUAUCCCUCUUCAAGAUGCAGAAGGUGCUGCAAGAAUGCCUCUGCCCCCUGAAGGAAGAGGAGCUGACACAUCUUCUCCACAGCUGGGGAAUCAGUUUGCAUGAAAAUUCCUUCAAUUACUUUGACUUCUUGAGAGCACUGGAGAGCAGUAUGCUGCCCAGAUCUCAGUCCAGAGAGAAAGAAGAAAGCAUGACAAUUGACUUCUCCACCCUGAACCCAGAGGACAUUGUGCAGAGCAUCCAGCAGCUGGUCGAGGGCUCCCAGCUGGCCUUGCUAAAGGCGUUUUCUGCUUUGUAUAAAGAAGACACAGGGUUCAUUAAGGCUGCCGAAUUUGGACAAGUCCUCAAGGAUUUCUGUCACAAGCUGACCGAUAAUCAGUACCAUUAUUUCUUGAGGAAAGCAAGACUUCAUCUAAUGCCCUGCAUACAUUGGAAGUAUUUUCUCCAGAACUUUGGCUCUUUCCUUGAGGAGGCUGCUGAUGAGUGGGCCGAGAAAAUGCCCAAAGCAUCGCCCAGAUCUCCCAGAGAAGUGGCCAACAGAGACAUCCUGGCACGGCUCCACAGGGCAGUGACUGCCCAUUACCAUGCCAGCCAGGAGUUUGAGAACUUUGACACCAUGAAAAACAACACGGCUUCCAGAGACGAGUUCAGGGCCUCUGUACACGCCAGUGCAGAUCCUACUGACGAGCAGUUUGAUAGGCUCUGGAGCAAGAUGCCCAUCAAUGCCAAGGGGAGGUUGAAGUACCAGGACUUCCUGAGCCAGUUCAGUACUGAGAAGCCACCCUCACCACCAGCCCUGGGCGACCCCACUGCUGCCCACCGGGGCAGCAGUGCCCCAGAGGUCUCCGAAGGAACCCGGUCACCCUCUCGGGACCUGAGAACUGGGCUGAAAUCGCGGAGUCAUCCCUGUGUGAGUUCUCACGGCACGAUGCUGGAGCCGGCACCCGCCCUGCAGAACUGUGAACCCAUUGAGAGCAAGCUGCGGAAGCAGACAGGCUGCUGGCAUGAGCUCCUAAGAGAGUGCAAGGAGAGGGAUGUGGAAGGCAGGGGGCAUUACGCUCUGAACUUGUCAGACUUCAGCACUCUUGUGGAGAAAUUCAACCUGGAUAUAAGCAAGGAGGAGAGCCAGCAGCUCAUCAUGAAGUAUGACUUGAAAAACAAUGGUAAAUUUGCUUACUGUGACUUCAUUCAGAGCUGUGUCCUCCUGUUGAAAGCCAAGGAAACCUCACUGAUGCAGAGGAUGAAGAUCCAGAACGCGCACAAGAUGAAAGAGGCUGGUGCGCGGCCGACUUCAGGAAGGGAGCACCGUGCCCAGCACAACUGCAUGAGCUCAGCUUCUGGAGCCCACUGUGGCUGCUCCCAGAGCACUGAGCAGGUGCUGCGGCAGUACAGUAUCAACCUCUCGGAGGAGUUCUUCCAUGUGCUGGAGUACUACGACAAAGCGCUGUCCUCUAAGAUCUCCUACAACGACUUCCUCCGCGCCUUCCUCCAGUAG